GAUCUCGUAUUUGUGAUCAAGUACUCCCAGUCACAGGGCAAGUUGGAUCCAGGAAUGCGUGGACCUUACCGAAUUACCCGAGUGCUCGAUCAUGGGCGCUACGAGCUGAAGCUGGUCAGCGGAGCAUACGGCAAGGUUACUUAUGCGGCCGCGCAGUACCUGGUGCCCUGGAGAGGAGAGUGGACCCCGGAGACCUGCGCAGCAUUCUUUGAGGGAGAGGAGAAUGAUGACGUCUCAGCAGAUGCCGUAACUGCUCAGUCCGAUCCUACUCAAGAACAACCCGGUCCAUCAUCGAAGCCUGACGAGGACGUCAGACUGUCAGGAGAGGCCGUGUUAGCGGCAACACCAGAAGCUGAUUCACCUAGCCACCCCCCUACCUCUCAGAGUGUAUAAAAACUGCCUCGCCACGUGACUCGUUCUCUUUUUCCCUUGAGAAUUCGUGCGA